AAUAGUCAAAUAAUAAAUAGUAAACGAGUUUGGAUGAAUAUAAGCUGCUGCAAAAUUUGGUGGAUUCAUCAGUGAAAAUAAGAAAAUAGAGACCAUGGGAAAUCUUCUAAUCCUUUCCACAGCAUUUUUGUGCCUCUGCCUCUUCGUAGCUUUGCUCUAUGUUUUGUACAAGUAUUGGUGGGUACCUCAUCGUGUACAGUUCAUCAUGAAUUCACAGGGGAUCAGAGGACCUCCUUACGAAUUUAUCCAUGGAAACAACAAAGAAGCUCUCCAAAUGCAGAAGGAAGCAUCUAGCAAACCUAUGGCCUUGACACACGAUAUAUUUCCCAGAGUAAUGCCUUAUGAUUACUCCUGCAUCAAGAAAUACGGGAAGAAUUAUCUUAGUUGGAAUGGAGUUCGAGCUCAACUGGUAAUAACAGACCCAGAACUGGUGAAAGAGAAUAUGAUUCCAGCAAUGAUUGCUAGCGUUGGAACGAUGCUUGAGAAAUGGAAAGAUAAGGAAGGUAAAGAGAUGGAAGUGUUCCAAGAGUUCAGAUUCUUGACUUCAGAAGUGAUAUCCAGAACAGCCUUUGGUAGCAGUUACUUGGAAGGAGAGAAGAUUUUGACAUGUUGACGAAGUUGACCCUAAUUAUAGG